AUGGCUAGAAAACACGAGCACUUUGGACUAAGUUAUCUAGAAGAACUAAAUAUGAUUAAGGAGCGUGAGAUUAUAUGCAAAGAAUCUCGGCAGGAUUUUCUUAAAUUCAAACAAGCAGUAGCUACUGCUCAUACAAAUAUGAGCACUCAGCCCUUCCUGGAAGAUUUAACACCAGAUCAGUCACAUCAGUUAGAGCAGUAUCAUCUUCAGAGGUCAGAGAGUCCACAUAAGCCUAUCACUAAUAUAAAUAAAAAUGUUCCUAAUGAAUUAAUUGGCAGUUCUGAAAUUCACAGAAAAGUAAGGAUCUCUCCUGAAGUAAGAGACAUGAAAAAACAAACUCAUGAUCUCAGCACGAUGACUCAAAGAAAUAAAUCUUCUGUAAAAGAGGACAGUGCUGACAAAAAUCAGAAAAGUUACUCUGAAAAAAUAAAUAUGGAAAAUAGUAGUUGUAGUCAUGAAAGUACAAGUGUAAAGAUGCCAGUAAUAGCAUCUUUAGCAGGGACCACUAAAAAAAUCACUAUGUUAAAACAACCAGCACCACCUCUGAAGCCUAAAUAUCGCAAACUUAUUCUUCGUCCAAGACUAGUAACUUAUAACACCCCCAUUCUGUUACAGAAAGUCAAAGAUACUAGAAAAGUGCAGAGUAGAGCCCAUUCUCUAAAGAUAAACAUUCAGACUGUAAAAACAAAUAGAACCAAAGAAGCUAGCAAUGACAGUAAAGAAAGUGAUGAAUCUAGUUCUACAGAUUCUGAUUCAAGUGAAAAGGCUUCUAAAAAGAAAAAAGUUAUUAGGAAAAAAGAUAAGAAAGUAGGCAGAGAACUUUCAAAAGCAAGUCAACAAGAUUCAGUUGUUGAGCCGGGAAGAGUACUGAGUAAAAGAAGCAGUGUCUCCUGCAGCCAUCCAAGUGUGAGGUCUGCUUCAGAGCAGUUGGAAGAGGCUAGAGACAUAACUAGACCAGACACUUCAAAAAUAUACGAGGAGAACUUCCAGCAGAGCAAACCAGAAGAGCUUACUUCCACACCAAAGUUGCCUGUGAGAGUGGUUGCAAGGUCUAUUGAUGAAAUAAUUGCUUCUCUGCAGUCUACUUUUCAGUCUCCCUCAGACCAGAUGAUCAAAGAACUCCUGGAGAGUGUUCUUGGCCGGAACUACAGCAUAAAAAUGGAAGACAUUACACUACUCUUGUCUUCCCUGCUGGCUACUCUGCCCCUUACAGGCAUGGCAGAGCAGCCAAGAAAGCACCAGGUCAAAUCCAAGUGGUCAUCUAUAUAUGAGGCAGCCUUCUCAGGCUUGGAAGAUAUGUUUAGGAAUGAAUGGAACGAGCCUGAUAAGGGCAACCACAUUAACAAGAGUGACCUCAGGCUAUAUAAUAUUCAAGAACCAAAGGACUCUAUUGCAGACACACUGAAGGUGGAUGCCGCUGAAGCAUCCUUUGCCAGGGAUAUGACCAAAGAAUCACUUAGUGGAACAACUCCUUUUCAGGCACCAGGAACUUCACAUCCACUUUCAGAGGAUAUGCCUAAUUCUGUAGAAACUGAGGAAUAUAAAUUAAAGUUCUCUUCUUCAGACAUUUCACCCUUAUAUGAACCAGUUUUUCCAGUGCCUAAAAUUUCAGAGGAUGAAGAGAGAAAACAAGAAUCACAGACAACUGUAACAUUGCCUUUAGAGGCUGUAUCCUCAGACAUACUACAGGUGAAAGGAGAAGCAAUCAUAAAGGCUAAACCAUUUGAAGUUCAGCAAAAGCUAUCAGAAGAAGAUCUCCAGCAACAGCAAUCACUGUCUUCGCUGUCCACAUGGACUCCAGAGAUCAAAGGUCAACAUUAUCCAGUUAUUCAUCACCUGUGUACUGCUUCUCCUAGUUAUGCAUUGCCUGCUGAUCUACAGCUGGCUUCAAGAGUAUAUCAUACUUUCGACAGAAAAGGGCAUUAUUUUUUAUUUACAGCAGAGGAUCUGGACCACCAGGAGGAAGCAUCACUCUGCUCAGAAAAUAUUACUUUUGAAGAACAAAUAGAAAGAAAUAGAAUUUGUUGUUAUGGAGUUCCUGUUUCAGAACUAUACCAGGAUAAUCAGAAAGAUGGAAUUAAUAUUUUGCCUCCUCAUACAUCAAAAAGUCUAACAGAAUGGCAAAAAGUAGCUGCCUAUUAUGUUGAAAAGCCACGACUGGAACUGUUAGGAGAGAAAGUUUCUGUUUAUCCGGGAACUCUAAAAAUGUUUUGGGCUCCAGCUCCACCAAAAUUUUCUGCUCCACUAUCUUUCAUGAAGGAAACCUUAUUUCCUACGUAUGAGAGCAAUGUUAUUGAGGGUGUUGUAACUGAAGACUUUUCUGCUGACCUUCAAGAUGAAGAAGACUCAGAGUCUGAGGAUGAUCUUGACAUCUACAGUUAUAUGGUGAUAAGUUUUAUUAAAAGAUCAGUCUCUGCACCAGAUAUGUCUGCCUUCAAAGACAAAACAGUGUUAAAGAUUUCUGCUAAUUUCAAAACCAGCGUGAAAGAGUUGAAGGUUAUGAAGGAAAAGAUAUCUGAGCCAGAGGUUGAGACAGAGAUUGAGAAAAGCUCCCCUACUAUGCACCUAUUGACUAAAAGCUGUGAUGAGCCUUUACCAACACUGGUAGACAUACCAAUGGAAAGAACACCUAUUUUGACCGGACAAGAGGAUAGUGAUGAUGACAUAGUUCUUGCUGAGAGAGCUCGAAAAGCUGGGAUUAAGUACAUUAUUUUCCCGAAAAAAAAGAAAACAAAGAAAUCAAAGAAAAUGAUAGACCGUGGAAAAUUAGAAGCUAUGGCUGAGGGAUUAAAACAACCCUCGAAGAUUCUUAAAAGCUCUGUAUCCCUUGGAAGACUGCAUAUACAGAAUAAAUUCAGUAUCAGAGUAUCUCCGGCAGUCCAACAUUAUCGAAGUCCAAGUCUCCCUUGUUUGUUAGAUUUUGAGAAGUUUGCAAAAAGUAAAGGUGGAAUUCCAAAAGACCUUGAUGAUCGUGAGUGGGUCAGAGGAAUCUGGAAUAGCUGGUUCGAUGAGGCUUUCCCUCCUAGUAGGGCUUCUACUGAGGAAAAAGAUGCUAAAGUACUAACAGACACUAAGAAGGUGGACUCUGCAGAACAAGGAAAACCUGAUCUAGAAAUAGAUCUAAUGGACUCAGCGAAUCCUGUUUUGGUAGAAGAUCUUGCUGAUAUUGAAGAUUUGGAAACAGAAAUCAAUAGACUAACACUGUUGAUUGAAAAUGAAGGAAAUUCCUCAGCGUUUCACUAUUGUAGACGUGGAGCAAUAAACAGGAAAUUAGGCAAGUUAAAGUCAGCCAUGGAUGAUUUGGAAAAAGCCAUAAGCUUAGAACCACUUCUACUUAAUGCUUAUUGGCACAGGCAUUUGAUUUACCUCUUUCAAGAAAAAAAUCAAGCUGCCUUGGAUGACCUGAAUGUUAUAAUUAAAUGGAACAAAAAUAAUGCGGAUGCAUAUCUGUCAAAGGCUGAAAUUUACAGAAAUCAAGGCAAUAAUGCAUUGGCAAUCAUAAAUUGCACUUUAGCAGUGAAAUGCAACCCUACAGAUGAUGACAUUUAUUUCAGGAGAGCUGAGUUGUUGGAAGAGGAAGAGGAUUUAUUAUUGGCAAUGGAUGAUUAUGCCAAAUGUUUUCAGUAUAAUCCAAAAAGAACAGAUGCACUUAUGAAACAUGGAAUACAUUUCUUUGAGAAAUCAAUUUGGACUAUAGCUCUUCAAGAUUUUACAGCUGUGAUUAAGGAAGAUCCCAGCAAUGUUCAAGCAAGGAUAUAUCGAGGAAGAACAUAUGCUAAACGACAGCAGUAUAAAAAUGCAACCGAAGACUUUUCUGCUGCAGUUCAUCUAGAUCCUUCUAAUUGGUUAGCAUUCUAUUGCAGAGGUUGCAUAUUGCGAAAGAUUGAUCCAAAGAAAGCUCUGCAGGACUUCAGUGUUUCUGUGCUCCUCAAUGACUCUUUUGAAAAUCUCAGUUCUUUCAUUCACCGUGGGAUCUUAUACUCAGAACAAUGUCAAUGGUCACUAGCGAUCUGUGACUUUGAAAAUGCACUGGCUCUGGACAGGGGUAUUGCCUUGGCUUACAUAAAUAUUGGCUUGAUAUUACUGUUACAUCUGGAUCAUUACUAUGAAGCUAUUCGACAGUUCUCUAAAGCCAUUGAAGUUGAUCCCACAAACAUUAGAGUUUAUAUUUGUAGAGCUCAAGCAUAUCAUCAGGUGCACAAUUUACAGCGUGCAUUAAGAGAUAUAAAUCGAGCCAUUCAUCUUUAUCCAACUGAAUCCUAUUUAUGCAUAAUAAGGGGACAAUAUUUAAUUGAGAUGAAGGAAUAUAAACUUGCAAGCUUCUGUAUUCUUCAAGUAGCAGAAAUGGGCGACGUAUCCUUUAAAACCUCUCCUGUUCAGCAAGCGCUCGUUCGGUCAUUUUGUCAAAAUCACAGUAAAGCUAUAGAGUGCUUACUUGAGGUUAUUGCAAAUCAGCCUGCGCCUUCCAUGUUUGUUCUGCUAGGAAAAAUACAAAUGAAAGCCAAGAAAACCAAGGAUGCUGUGGAAAGUUUUCAACAAGCAUUAAAGAUACUGACUUCUUCAGCAAAAAUCUUGCCUAAUACAUUUGAGGCUGCAGAAAUUUAUUAUUUCUUGGGCCUGUGCUAUAUGGAGCAAGUCAGUUUAUUACAGGCCUACGAAGCUUUUACUCUUGCUGUCAAGGUAUACUCAAAUUAUUCUGAUGCUUUUUAUCAGCGAGGGCUGUGCAGAAUGCAACUCAACCAAGCUAAGUGCAUCCAAGAUUUCAAUCGAGCGCUUGCCAUUAAUCCAAAACAUUUUCAGGCAUAUUUAAGUCGUGCUGCUUACUAUGGUAGCAAGGGAAGAUACUCCAAGGCCAUUCUGAAUUGUAAUGAGGCUAUCAAAAUUCAUCCUGACAGUGUGAGAGCCUAUCUCUACAGAGGAACUUUGAAAUAUCAUAAUAAGACAUACAAAAAUGCCAUUGAAGACUUAACCAAAACUAUUGACUUGGACAAAAUCUGCAUUUUGGCAUAUUACAACAGAGCAAUCUGUUAUCACCAAAUAAAGGACUUUAGAAAGGCUUUGAAAGACUAUGGAAUUCUUCUUCUUCUUGAAUCGAGUAAGGAAAUUGUCUUGACAGUGUUAAUUAACCGUGCACUACUCUAUGUGGAACUGGAAGACUAUUCUAAUGCAUUAGAGGACUUUAAAGAGGCUUCAUUGCGUAAUCCAAGAAAUAGUGAGAUCUAUCAAGCUAUUGGAAUCUGCUACCACAGACUUGAGCAGUAUGAAGAAGCUGUGAAUUCAUUUACCCAAGUGCUUAAACUAGAUCCCUUUUCUCUGGAUGCCUAUGUUGCAAGAGGAAAUUCAUACAUGGAAUAUGGUCAUGAAGUUGGCAACACCCACGCACAGAAAGACUUCCUGAAAGCACUGCAUCUUAACCCAAAGUGUGUGAAAGCCAGAAUUUGCUUAGGAUACAAUUUACAGGCCUUUGGAAAGUUUCAGAAAGCUUGGAAUCAAUUUACAGUUGCCAUUGACAUUGAUCCAAAAUGCCAUAUUGCCUAUGACGGACGAGCUGUGAUCUGUCUUCAGAUGGGUGAUACUUUUGCUGCAUUUCAAGAUACAAAUGCAGCACUAAAGCUCACUACCACUGCUCAGCUGCUUACAAACCGGGGUGUCAUUAACCAGUUUAUGGGUUACUUAAACUGUGCUAUGAAAGAUUAUCAGCAAGCAAUUUCCAUCAACCCUGGCUAUGCUUUAGCCUAUUUCAAUGCAGCAAAUAUCUACUUUCAUCACAGGCAAUUUUCACAGGCCAAUUCCUACUAUUCCAAGGCAUUACAGCUUGACCCACGAAAUGAAUCUGCAGUCCUGAAUCGAGCUAUUACAAAUACAUUAUUACAAAAUAUCGAAGAAGCAAAAGAAGAUUUUGAGAAGGCAAUUUGUCUCUGCCCUUUCUCUGCAGCAGUGUACUUCAACAGGGCAAACCUCUAUAGAACAUUAAAGCAAUAUGAGCUAGCUGAGGAGGAUAUUUCAACAGCAUUGUCAAUUCAACCUAAUGACGCUUUGAUGUAUAAACUUAGAGCUGAUGUUCGUGGUAAAAUGGGAUUCAGUGAAGAAGCCAUUGCUGAUUACAAGCAAGCAAUCAGCAUUCAAGAAAUGAUCAAUGCAAUGUGA